CACCGCGCCCGCCCCGCCCCCCCCGUCGCCAUGGCAACGCAGACCUACGUCACGGAGCUGACAGCGCCGACGCAGCAGCAGCCGCCGCCGGCCGCCCCGCCCCCCACCGCCCCCGCCCCCCCCUUCGGGGCGGAGCUGCCGGGGGGCCCCGCCCCCCCCGCGCCGCCCCCCGCCCCGCCCGCGCCCCCCGCGCCCCCCCCCCAGCAGUACAUCGUCGUGACGGUGGCGGAGGGCGCCCUGCGGCCCGGAGAGGCGGUGUCCGAGGGCAGCCCCGCCCCCCCCGCGCCCCCCCCGGCCGGGCCCAGCCCCGGGGUGCAGCCGGGCCCCGGCACCCAGCGCUCCCCGGCCCCCAGCAGCGGCGCCGCCCCCAAGGCCGGCCCCCCCCAGGAGGUGCAGCCCCUCCCCCCGGUGCAGCACGUGUACCCCACCCCCUACGUGGAGGGGGGCGACGGCAGCUUCGCCCCCAGCGCCAUCCGCCCCGGGCCGUACCCCUUCGCCGACGCCCCCCUCUACGGGCAAAGCGCCGCCGGCGGCUACUUCGAGGGGCCGGGGGGGGCCGCGGUGCAGCCCAGCCCCCCCCCCCCCAGCUCGCAGGCAGCCCCCGCCAACCCCCCCGCCCCCAUGUACGUCUCGGGGGGUCAAAUCUUGGGGAGCGCCCCCCCGCCCCCGCCGCCCCCCAGCUCCGGUGCGGCCCCCCCCGCCGCCCCCGGCCCCCCCGGCGCCGCUGCCGGCACCUACGUCAUCCAGGGGGGGUACGUGCUGGGGGGGGGGGGCGGCCAGGCCUACUCGCACACCACCCGCGCCUCCCCCGCCACGGUGCACUGGCUGCUGGACAACUACGAGACGGCGGAGGGGGUGAGCCUGCCGCGCAGCACGCUCUACUGCCACUACCUGCUGCACUGCCAGCAGCACAAGCUGGAGCCCGUCAACGCCGCCUCCUUCGGCAAACUCAUCCGCUCCGUCUUCAUGGGGCUGCGCACCCGGCGCCUGGGCACCAGGGGUAACUCCAAGUACCAUUACUACGGGCUGCGCAUCAAGGCCGGCUCCCCGCUGCUGCGGCUCGUCGAGGACCAGCAGCACCUCGCCAUGCGCCAGCAGCCCUUCGCGCAGAAGCAGCGGCUGAAGCCCAUCCAGAAGAUGGAGGGGGUGACCAACGGCGUGGCCGUGGGGCAGCAGCCGCCCGCCGGCCUCUCCGACAUCAGCACCCAGGUCCAGCAGUACCAGCAGUUCCUGGACGCCUCCCGCGCGCUGCCCGACUUCCCCGAGGUGGAGCUGCAGGGGAAGGCGCUGCCCGAGGGCGCCGGCGCCGAGGACGUCAAGGCCUUCCAGCUGCUCUACCGCGAGCACUGCGAGGCCAUCGUGGACGUGAUGAUCAACCUCCAGUUCACGCUGGUGGAGACGCUGUGGAAAACCUUCUGGCGCUGCAGCCUGAGCCCCCCCGGCGAGGCGGCCCCCGGCGCCGUCCACGACGAGGCGGAGAAACGCCUCCCCAAGAGCCGCCUCGUCGCCCUCUCCAAGUACGAGCCCGUGCUGCGGUGGGCCAAGGACUGCGACCACGCGCUCUACCAGGGGCUGGUGGAGAUCCUCAUCCCCGACGUGCUGCGGCCCAUCCCCAGUGCCUUGACGCAAGCGAUCCGCAAUUUCGCCAAGAGUUUGGAGAGCUGGCUGACCAACGCCAUGAUCAACAUCCCCGAGGAGAUGGUCCGCGUGAAGGUGGCGGCAGCAAGUGCCUUUGCCCAGACGCUGCGGCGCUACACGUCCCUGAACCACCUGGCGCAGGCGGCGCGCGCCGUCCUGCAGAACACGGCGCAGAUCAGCCAGAUGCUCAGCGACCUCAACCGCGUCGACUUCGCCAACGUCCAGGAGCAGGCCUCGUGGGUGUGCCGGUGCGAGGACCGCGUCGUGCAGCGGCUGGAGCAGGACUUCAAGGCGACGCUGCAGCAGCAGAACUCGCUGGAGCAAUGGGCCGCGUGGCUGGACGCCGUCGUCGCCCGCGUCCUCAAGCCCCACCAGGGCACCCCCGGCUUCCCCCGCGCCGCCAAGCUCUUCCUCCUCAAGUGGUCCUUCUACAGCUCGAUGGUGAUCCGGGACCUGACCCUGCGCAGCGCCGCCAGCUUCGGCUCCUUCCACCUCAUCCGCCUGCUCUACGACGAGUACAUGUACUACCUGGUGGAGCACCGCGUGGCGCAGGCCCGCGGGCAGAGCCCCAUCGCCGUCAUGGGCGAGUUCGCCAACCUGACGAGUUCCCUCAACUCCCUGGACCCUGACAAAGACGAGGAAGAGGAGGAGGAGGAGGAGAGCGACGAGGAGCUGCCGCAGGAGAUGGGGCUGGGGGCGGGGGAGGGGGCGGCGCUGCCCCCCGACCCCCUGGAGACCCCGGCCAAGCUCCCCCGCACCGACGCCCGGGGCCUCUUUGUCCAGGCCCUGCCCUCCAGCUGAGGGCCCCGCCCUGCCCCGCCCUGCCCCGCCCGGUCACCCUGCCCCCUGCCCGCUUUCACCCCCGCCCGGCCCCCCCCCGCAUCCCCUCCCCCCCCCGCAGCUCCCGGGGGGGCCGGGGGGGGGCGGGGGGGGCCGGGGGUCGCUCGGCGGCGACCAUGUGCCUUAAGCAACGCGCCGGGAGCGUGUGCCAAAGCCCCCCCGCCCCCCCCGGGCCGGACGGGGGGGGAGGGGCGACACCCCCGGGCUUGGGGGGGGGAGGGGGGGGGGCGGGGGGGCCCCACCGCUCCAGCAAAGGGAACUGCAGGAUUUGGGGAUGGCCCCUCCCCCCCCGGGGGGGGCAUUUGGGGACCCUCGGGGUGGGAGGGGCAAAACACACCCCGGGGGGGGGAGGGGGGGAGGACAGAGAGGGGGGAGGGGACAGAGCCCCCCCGCCCCGGUGUUGGGGGGCCACCCCUGCCCCCGCAGCCCCCCCGCCCCCCCCCCCAGUGCCAAAUGCCCCCCGCCCCCGCUGCCUUACGCCAGGACCCCCCCGCAUGAAGGGGCCCCCCCCGCCCCCCCCCGCGCUUCAGCCCCCCCCCCCGCCCCUCCCCCCGCAUUAGACAUUCUAGUUUUCGAUCAACUUUGUGCUUUUGUACCCCCCGCCCCUCCCCCCCGCGCGCCCGGGGCCCCCCGGGGGGGGUGGGGGGAGGGGCGGGUGUUUGUGGCCGCCGUCGAGUGAAAAAAAAAAAACAAACAACAAACCACGAACCCCCACCACAAUUUGGGGGGGGGAGGCGCCCCCCCCCCGCCCCCCCGCGCCGCCCCUCCCCCCGCAGAAGCUGUUUUCUACCUUUUGUAGCUCUUUCUUAAGAAUAAAAUCCGCCGUGGUCUUUG